AUGACGUGGUUCCGUGAUGAUCAAACCUCGCUCGGCUUCUGGGGCAAACUGAUGGGCCAGAUCAACACGCUGUUUUGGGACAAUUGUGUAUAUUCCCAUUUGGUGGUCUCAAUCAAUCGAGCGGUUACGAUUGCAUACCCGACGAAGAGUCAUCGCUGGUUUACACCGAAGAAUAGUCGAUUUAUUGUGGUAGGCAAAGACCUGGAAUACUGGGAUCGUCACGCGUUUUUGAAAGCUUUUGCCAUCGUCAACCUGGAAAUUGCGAUGUUUAUCGCGUCGGUCUAUAUGUAUAUAAGAUUUACACAAGCUUUCCCUAUCCCAAUGCGCGGCGAUCGGAAGUGUAAAGUGGGCUUUGGGUCCAUAAUCCGUGGGAUUCUGGUCACGUUCCUGAUGUUGGUGCACUUUUCGGCGAUAUUUUAUGAUAUCCGCCUCCCAAUCCAAGUGUCCGGUUGGGCAUACAUCACCUUACUCGCAUUUGCCGUCUGGAUGCACAUGGUGCUCAUUCUGCUCAUACUCGAUCUCAUCUUCUACAUCAUGUGGGCUCUGCGGAAAUGUCGAGGGAACGGGUCACUCUACAAAUUGAGCACUUUUGUUGCCCAAUACCGACUCUUCCAAGUCCUCUUGUCGAUCGGAAUAAGCUUGCUGUUCGUUGGAUACGGACUCUACCGUACUCUGACACCUCCUACCAUUGUCAAUGAACAUAUGCAAACUAUGAAACUUCGUUCCGGCGCCACCCUAAAUAUUGCCCUAUUGAGCGAUAUCCACAUUGGCCCUAGUGUUGGCAAGAACCGAAUUGUCAAUAUUGUCGAGUGGACGAACAACUUGGAGCCAGAUAUUAUUGCUAUUAGCGGUGAUCUGGCAGACGGUUUUGUAUCGUCAUUAGGUGGUGCCGCGGAACCGAUUUGCCGGUUGAAGAGCAAAUAUGGGGUGUAUUUCGCUACAGGAAACCACGAGUACUUCCACGGAAAUGUCGACGAGUGGUUCGAGUUCCUGGAGAAUUGCAAUAUUACCGUACUCCACAACGAGAAUAAACGCUUCCGGACGACAGAAGGGGAUAUGGUGUGCAUGGCCGGGAUGGAUGAUUUGGUCACGUUGAGUAUGGACAUGCCCGGUCACCACAUGGACCCAGUGAAAGCCUUGAAGGGCUGUCAAUUGAACGAUCUCGUUGUUUUGCUUGCUCAUCAACCCAAUGCUGCUUGGAAGGUGUUGCAGGACCAGAAAGUCAACGGGAAUAUCGAUUUGAUAAUGUCAGGCCACACCCAUAACGGCCAAGUGAACUUCCUGUGGCCGUCCACCGAGGUGAUGAACAAAUGGAAUCAUGGCCUCCACGAGAAUAAGCCCACCCACACCCAAGUGAUCGUGUCGGCAGGGGUGAACUUCUUCGGCCCGCCCGUACGUACUGUGGGAGUCUGCGAGAUCGUGAAUAUGCAAAUCGAAGGGCGCGGAACCCCAGAUACUAGUCUCUUUGAGAAGUUGCAUAAUAUUGUUCCAACUGAGUUACCAACGCAU